GUCUGUUCGUGUUUUGGUUUUUCCCCAUGAACCUUUGACCCUGGUACUCAGUUUGGAGCUUGUUUUGCAGUAAAUUUGGCGAGGAAUCGAUUGAUUGAAUUGAGUUUUUACGCGCAUGGGUGAGAUUGUGGAGGAGUUGAAUCCUCUUAUUGGCGGUAACGAUGGGCAUGAAUUCGAGAAUAUUAGUAAGGCGGAGAUCGUCCUCAAAACCAUUGGCCCUGCUCGCCCUUCUCGUCUUCUUGUUCCAUCUUCCAUCAAGGUUCGUGAUUUGAGAGGAUUAGUUGCCAGCAAUGGUCGUUUACCGAUUGAUAAUGUGAGUCUUAUCCUGCGUGGAAAUGUAUUAUGUGAUAUGAAGAAUGGAGAAGAUGUGUACAUUCAACUCAAUGACGGAGAUUCCUUAAUUGUUGCUGUCAAACCAAAGCCACCAGUUCGUGAUGGAUAUGAUGACGAUGACGAUGACGAUCUGAAGUUUAAGCUUCCCCGUUCGUCAAGUUGGUGGAAGAAGAGGCUUUACUCUUUUCUACACGAUAACUUGAAGCUUCCAGAUAUCAUUUUGAUGUUUAUAUUCUCUCUGAGCUUGAAAGCAUGGGCUUUCACAAUCAUGUGGUUUAUCCUGGCACCCAUUGCCCAUAAAUGGGAUCUGGGACCCUUAUAUAUAAUUGCUACGGGCUUUUCUCUAAUUCUCUUUAAUCUCGGAAAGCGCCAAGCUGGUGACGUCAGCGCAUAUUCUAUCUUCAAUGAAGACUUUAGAGAGCUUCCGGGGACCCUUAAUGCAGAUCGUCUUGAUAGAGAUAUAAGAGCAGGACAGUUUUGAACAACCACCUCCCAAAAAGAGGAAAAUGAAAAACGAAAAACCACCGAUUCCUUUCUUCAUGCUAACACUGAUGCGAUGCCAAUAUGAAGUUUAUAUGUUCUCGAAGUUGGUAACCAACCACGGUUGUUCCCCUCCCCCCCUGUAUUUUAUCUGUGUUCCCUGAAUAUCCUUUUUGUAUAGUUUGAUAUAUCAAGAUUAUAAAUGAGGUAGACAUGUUGUCUUGUGGAUACCUGUUUCUGCAUUUCUGGUCUCUGGGGUCCUGUGAAUUUAUACAUGGCAAGCUAGUUGACGCGUAUACAGUGGCAUGCCAUAGCAGGAUCCAAAAGGUUAAA